AUGCAGGUUGCGCGAGACAGCAGCAAAAACCCUGGGAGCAAAGAGAGAGAAAUGCCAAAAAGAGACGACUUGAAAGAUUAUAAUUAUGCGGUCGCUGGACAUGCUGGAACCAUGUGCGACGCAGACGGUGAACUAUUCAUCAAGCCAUGUACACAAUCCGAGGUUGAAUUUUACGAAUCGGCGCACGCCUGCCAUCCGGAUUUCGCAGAGCUUAUGCCCUUAUAUAUAGGCACUCUAUCACUAAACGGAGGAGCUGACCAGGCCGCCAUACAUGCGCAAAUACCAGACCUUGUUGAACAUGCUGAUAUCCCUUUCGCUGUCAAAGAGGAAAUCCAGUCACAUCUACAUCUCGACGAGCGGAAACCUAUUCUCGAAGCCCCAGUCCAAAAACAAAUUAUCUCUGAUAACGUUAAAUGGGUCCCUAACAAGACAAGAAAGAUCACAACGGACAGGGCGGUGGUAUUAGAGAAUGCUUCCUUUGGGUAUAAAAGGCCAAAUAUUAUGGACGCAAAGCUAGGGAUUCGGCUAUGGGCUGAUGAUGCGCCUUUAGAGAAGAAGGAGAGAUUCGAUAAAAUUACCGAGGAGACCACUCACAGGAAAUUUGGCUUUCGAGUUGCAGGAAUGAGGGUCUAUAAGGGAUCCACAGACGAAUCCGAAUUGGACGAGGAAGGAUUCAAGAUUUAUGAUAAAGACUGGGGGAGAUACACGGUGAACGAGGACAAUCUAUUGGACUCGUUCAAAAAGUUUAUCUUCAAUGAGGCCGCCGGUAUUGACGAAGAACUCGGCAAGACUAUUGCUGGAGCAUUUGCACAGGAUCUUCGAAGAGUGCAAGAGGUACUUAAAAAGGAAGAGACUCGAAUGUAUUCUUCCAGUCUUCUUUUCGUCUUCGAGGGCGACGGUGCAGCUUUACGAGAGGCCAUCAAAGAAGCAAGGGAGGCAACUCCUAUAUCCGAACACAAGAGAGGCUCCUCGAGAGCUCCAGUGGCUAACCUUAGGGUGGAUAGUGGUAUUGGUAUGAAUGAGGAGGACCUAUGUGACCCUACUACGGCAGAGGACUUUGACGAACUAGAGGAUGAAUCAGAUGAAGAAUCAAGCUUUCCGCACAUAUACACCCUAAAGUUGAUUGACUUCGCACAUGCGACGUGGGAGCCCGGUCAAGGGCCAGACGAAAAUGUGCUACUUGGAGUCAAGAGCCUUGCAGACAUCUUUGAGGAGAUGUCUGAAUAA